UAUCGGUGCUCGAUUACAUUUGGUUCCCGGAGGCGGAUAAUUACAAAAGCGACUAGGAAGCGUUUUGUUCCGGGAUCGGUCCUGUGGAGGGAAGUGUGGCUGAACAUGGCGGCCAAUGUAACCACCAAUCCUUCUCAGCUAUUGCCUCUUGAACUCGUGGAUAAAUGUAUAGGAUCCCGUAUUCACAUCGUAAUGAAGAGUGAUAAAGAAAUCGUUGGCACGCUUCUGGGAUUUGAUGACUUUGUUAAUAUGGUACUAGAGGAUGUCACAGAAUUUGAGAUUACACCUGAGGGAAGGCGAAUUACAAAACUUGAUCAAAUCUUGCUAAAUGGAAACAAUAUAACCAUGCUUGUACCUGGAGGAGAAGGUCCUGAAGUAUGAAUGGGUUGUGAAGUUCAACAAUCCAUCACCCCAUCCUGUAUAUUACAGUGGAACUGGUUGACCUGGCAUCAGACAAAUGAGUGUAUUAUAGGCACAGAA